CCCGAGGCCCAGCACUGCCCUGGCCUGCGUGCACUCUGCUCCUCCCAACGUGUCCAGCGCCCUUCCCCGUUAGCCGGCAGGAGGCUUGCGACCGAGCCGUCACCCAGCCACUCUGACACCUGACGCAUGAGGGCCUGGUAAUCCCUCGACAUGGGAUUCAAACUCCCAACCCUGAGAUCAAGAGGUACACGGUCCACUGAUGGAGCCAUGCAGGCGCCCCCGUCCAAGCUACUCUUAGAGACCAGAGGUUGCAGACACACACCCUGGCCCAGGGGCUCAAGGGGCUCAGCCAGGAAGACGCCUCUGCCCAGAUGCUGUCCGGGCUGCACGGCUGGAGACGACGACCCGGACCCUCCAGCAAGGCUGCUCCCCUGGGAUGACCAACACCUCUGGACACCGCCUCACGACACCCUGGUGGCGAAGUCCUCCCCAGCUGAGAGUGACCGAUUCAGACCCCGAAAGCUGUAACAGGAACAGACGAGACAAACCUUGUGAACAGCUUUAGUGCGGAGGUCAGACCGCGCACGACUCCUGCUGCAUCGGCCAGACGGAGCAGCCACCUGGUAGGCUGUCCCAAGGUGCAAACGGAGCGCCACACCUGCAGUCCUCAGCCCCAUGCCGGGCCCUGCGAGGCCUUGGGAAAGGACUGCACGGAGGACAGGCCGUCGGAGGCAGCACGGCGCAGCCACUCUGACCCACACGCCCUCCACCCGCACGAGAUGCGCAGGGUGAUGGCAAAGGGCUGCCGGGCCCGAGGAAGGGACAGCGGGCACCCGGGCCCAGGACAGGAGGGCUGGUAUCGGAUUCCCACUCAUUACGCAGACUCCAGACAAACCCCUGACCUUGUCUGCACCGACCCUAUCCAGGAAUUAAUUUUAUACAUUUUUUGCUCUUCUGACCGCGUCAGCCAGGUGCUCCUCUAACCAGAAGUAUAAAGCACGGCCGAGAUGCUGAUGGGACUCAGCCAAGAACGCUGGUGACUGUGGUGUCCUCCACAGUCCCUCCAACCCGGCUGACAUGCGGGCAGGGCUCCCACCGUGCCAUCCCCUCCUCAGAAUGGCCACGGAGGCUUGACAGGAGGGUGAGCACCAGGCGCUCUUCUUUGCUCCAACUCAUGUGCUGAGGGCAUGACACCUGCGGAGUCCCCAGCUACCCUCCUUCAUGACCCAGGAGGUCAUAAUGACAAGGAGCAAGUGGGGCAAAGCCGAGGUCUCCCAAAGGACCCAACCUCCCACCUGCUGCCAAGAGACCUGACCACAUCCGCCCAACUGUUCUAGGGCCAGUGGCUCCACAGCCAGUGGAAGUAGACGAAGCGCAGCUGAGCCCUGGGCCUGGCGACAGCGUCCCCAAGGGCUGGUCUGCAGAGUCCGCCUCCCUGGCGUGUAACCGACCCGUUAUUUUUACUGUAAGUGCAACGAGACGGCUGGUCCACUGAGAGUGGGUGCUGAUGUGACUGUCUCUGCUGGGACGCUGCCACCUGGAGUCCGGUCCCUGCCUGCCUUGCGGCGCUCAGGUCAUUCUGGGUCGGCCCUGGCCCACCCUGGCUGCUGAGGGACUCCUGAAACUGCCCGGGGAUUGAGAGCCUCAGACAGGCCUCAGUUUCCCUAUCAUGGACCUAGAAUCUGAACCUGCCUCACAGGCCUUUGUGAUGACGGUUUGGCCCCAGGACUGGGUACGGCAGGGUGACCGUGCUAUCGUGCUCGGGUGAGCCCUGCCUGGCACCUCACAGGCAUCCCUGGCCCCAGUCACAACUGGUGGCUCCCAGAACAAGGGGCCCCAGAAAGUGACCCGAAGUGUCUGUGCCUGUUUCCACAUCUGCCAAAAAGGAACCAAUCUGUGACAAGAUGGUCAUGAGGAUACGCGGGAGAAGCCAGGUGGGCACGAGACGGGGGCACGCAGAGGAGUACCGGCCGGAGCAGCACCACCUGGAGGAGCACCUGCUGGAGAAGCACGAGCUGGAGGAGCACUGAUCAGAGGAGCACCGGCCUGAAGAACAUCAGCUCAGCCGGAGGAGCACCGACCUGAGCAGCACCACCUGGAGCAGCACCACCUGGAGGAGCACCUGGCGGAGCAGCACCGACCAGCCGUCCGGACGCGGGGCCCGCCCUGCCCCACGCGGAACCAUGAGUGAGGCCCGCAGGGACAGCGCGAGCAGCCUGCAGCGCAAGAAGCCACCCUGGCUGAAGCUGGACAUCCCGGCCGCAGCGCCCCCGGCCCCGGAGGAGCCCAGCUGCUUGCAGCCCCUGAGACGCCAGGCCUUCCUGCGGAGCGUGAGUAUGCCGGCAGAGACCGCCCCCGUGCCCUCACCCCACCCGGAGCUCCGGCGGCUGGGGCUGCAGCGCCAGACGUCCAUCACGCAGACCAUCCGCAGCCGACAGGUGCGCUUUGGGCGUGUCCACACUCUGCCCCUCUUGGGACCCCCUGCUGCCCGUAGGGCUCUCCCCCAGCGCCGGUCUCUCUCUCGGUCCCUGCUCAGGGGCACAGCUGACUGGUUUGGAGUGAGCAAGGACAGUGACAGCACCCAGAAGUGGCAGCGCAAGAGCAUCCGCCACUGUAGCCAGCGCUAUGGAAAGCUGAAGCCUCAGGUCAUCCGGGAGCUAGACCUGCCUAGCCAGGACAACGUGUCCCUGACCAGUACUGAGACCCCCCCUCCACUGUAUGUGGGGCCGUGCCAGCUGGGCAUGCAGAAGAUCAUAGACCCCCUGGCCCGGGGCCGGGCCUUCCGCGUGGCGGAUGACACGGCCGAUGGCCUGAGUACCCCGCACACACCUGUCACGCCUGGUGCCGCUUCCCUCUGCUCCUUCUCCAGCUCCCGCUCGGGCUUCAACCGGUUCCCGCGGCGACGCAAGCGUGAAUCGGUGGCCAAGAUGAGCUUCCGGGCAGCCGCGGCCCUAGUGAAGGGCCGCUCUGUUAGGGAUGGCACGUUGCGCCGGGUGCAGCGCCGAAGCUUCACUCCCGCCAGCUUCCUGGAGGAGGACACAGCUGACUUCCCCGACGAGCUUGACACGUCCUUCUUCGCCCGGGAAGGAGUCCUCCAUGAAGAGCUGUCCACGUACCCAGACGAGGUGUUUGAGUCCCCCUCGGAGGCAGCGCUCAAGGACUGGGAGAAAGCCACGGAGCAGGGCGACCUCACGGGGGGCGCCCUGGACCGCAGCGAGCUUGAGCGCAGCCACCUGAUGCUGCCCCUGGAACGAGGCUGGAGGAAGCAGAAGGAGGGUGGAGCAGCUGUCCCUCAGCCUAAGGUGCGGCUGCGGCAGGAGGUCGUGAGCACGGCGGGUCAGCGGCGCGGCCAGCGCAUCGCCAUGCCGGUGCGCAAGUUCUUUGCCAGGGAGAAGCGGCCGUAUGGGCUAGGCAUGGUGGGCCGGCUGACCAACCGCACGUACCGCAAGCGCAUCGACAGCUACGUCAAACGCCAGAUCGAGGACAUGGAUGACCACAGGCCGUUCUUCACCUACUGGCUCACCUUCGUGCACUCGCUCGUCACCAUUCUGGCCGUGUGCAUCUACGGUAUCGCACCUGUGGGCUUCUCGCAGCACGAGACCGUGGACUCGGUGCUGCGGAACCGCGGGGUCUAUGAGAAUGUCAAGUAUGUGCAGCAGGAGAACUUCUGGAUCGGGCCCAGCUCGGAGGCUCUCAUUCACCUGGGUGCCAAGUUCUCGCCCUGCAUGCGUCAGGACCCGCAGGUGCACAGUUUCAUCCGUGCUGCGCGGGAGCGUGAGAAGCACUCAGCCUGCUGCGUGCGCAAUGACCGGUCGGGCUGUGUGCAGACAUCGGAGGAGGAGUGCUCGUCCACGCUGGCUGUGUGGGUGAAGUGGCCCUUGCACCCCAGUGCCCCAGACCUUGCUGGCCACAAGAGGCAGUUUGGCUCUGUCUGCCACCAGGACCCCAGGGUGUGUGAUGAGCCCUCCUCAGAGGACCCCCACGAGUGGCCAGAUGACAUCACCAAGUGGCCGAUCUGCACCAAAAACAGCGCCGGGAACCACACCAACCACCCGCACAUGGACUGUGUCCUCACAGGCCGGCCCUGCUGCAUUGGCACCAAGGGCAGGUGUGAGAUCACCUCCCGGGAGUACUGUGACUUCAUGAGGGGCUACUUCCACGAGGAGGCCACACUGUGCUCCCAGGUGCAUUGCAUGGAUGACGUGUGUGGGCUCCUGCCCUUCCUGAACCCUGAGGUGCCCGACCAGUUCUACCGCCUGUGGCUGUCCCUCUUCUUGCACGCUGGGAUCCUGCACUGCCUGGUGUCCGUCUGCUUCCAGAUGACCGUCCUGCGGGACCUGGAGAAGUUGGCAGGCUGGCACCGCAUAGCCAUCAUCUACCUGUUGAGUGGUGUCACUGGUAACCUGGCCAGUGCCAUUUUCCUGCCAUACCGGGCAGAGGUGGGCCCAGCCGGCUCGCAGUUUGGCAUCCUGGCUUGCCUGUUCGUGGAGCUUUUCCAGAGCUGGCAGGUCCUGGCACGGCCCUGGCGUGCCUUCUUCAAGCUGUCGGCUGUGGUCCUCUUCCUGUUCACCUUCGGGCUGCUGCCCUGGAUCGACAACUUCGCUCACAUCUCAGGCUUCAUCAGCGGCCUCUUCCUGUCCUUCGCCUUCCUGCCCUACAUCAGCUUCGGCAAGUUUGACUUGUACCGCAAGCGCUGCCAGAUCAUCGUCUUCCAGGUGGUCUUCCUGGGCCUCCUGGCCGGCCUGGUGAUCCUCUUCUACUUCUACCCCGUGCGCUGCGAGUGGUGCGAGUUCCUCACCUGCAUCCCCUUCACCGACAAGUUCUGCGAGAAGUACGAGCUGGAUGCCCAGCUCCACUGAGUCGGCGGGCCGCUGGGCCCGGGGCGCGCACCGGCAGGCCAGAGCUGCCCUGGCCCGCCCCGGGCCUUCUGCGCAGGGCUUGCGUCCUGCCUGCUGCCGGGCCCUGACCUCUCGUGCCUUGUUCACCCUGGUGAACUUAUCGUGCUUCAGGGCAUUUACUACACUAGUUCCCACAAUUAUCUUCUAACUAGUUUCUUGACGACCACUUCAGGUGGCCAAUAAAUGGACUGGGAGCGUUUUAGCUGCCACUAACUUACCGGA